UUUUGGCUACGGCAGAUUUCAGUUGAGUGAGACGGACAGCAGCGGCGUAGCAGGAAGGAAGAGAGACCGCUGGCUUAAAAAAUUAAUAAUAAUAAAACCCGAGAAAGCAUUUAAACAAUGAAACCUUCGAUGAAUUCGACUGCAACUCACGAGUAAAACGAACCAGACUGUUUAUAUCGUUAAUUCAAUGACGUAACGUUGUUCGGUUAAAGCCUGAGGUUAGCAGCCUGCUAGCGAAGAGAAGGGCUGUGUCAUUGAGAAGACAGGACACGUCAAGACGAGGAAGAAAGAGGAAAAGGAAAAAUAUCUGUCGUGAAGCCAGACUCGUGGAAGAUACAGAAGACCUCACUGGCAAACUAGUGACAUAAAAUCAAGUUGUCAUUUCAGAAGCACAGAACAGGCUGCGGUUGUCGCGUCGCAUCGGAGAGGAUCUUCUCACAGUCAUCGCCUUGGAUCAAGGGUAGCCAGUAAGGAUAAGAACACCGCGUGGAAGUCUUGACUGGAAAACAUAAAUGGGGGAUUACGGGUUUGGAGUCUUGGUACAGAACAACACUGGCAACAAGUCCGCUUUCCCUGUACGAAUUCACCCACAUCUGCAACCUCCUCACCAUCACCAGAACGUAACGCCGAGCCCUGCUGCUUUCAUUAACAGCACCACACCUGGAAAUGGCAGCACCGCCGGGUCUCCCUGGCUGUUCCCAGCGGCCGCGGCCCAUACCAACGUGCAAGACGAUCUGGGCGCUGACAAACCCAAAGCUCAGCAGCAGGAGCUGCAAGAGACGCAAGAGAAGCAACAGCAGCAGCAGCAGCAGCUCUCCCCAGUACACCAAGAGAGUGGCAUCAUCUCGGAGCUCGAGAAAGCUCGCUCUGACGAGAGCAAAUCUGAGAACGGCACGUCCGAGGGCACCAGCGGUAAGGAGAAGCUGCGCCUCGAGUCCCCUGUCCUGUCCCCCUUUGACUAUCAGGAACCAUCUGGUCUGGGCACGACUGUCCAGUCCAGUACUUCUUCAUCCUCCUUGACCAGCUUCAACAACUGGUCCGCCGCCAUCGCACCAACCCCAUCGGCCAUUGUUAACGAGGAUGUGGGUUUCUUUACCCCGGCCAGCAACGGCCCACUGCUAUUCCAGAACUUCUCACACCACGUAGGCCCGGGCUUCGGCGGCAGCUUCUCUCCUCAGAUCGGUGCUGUCUCACAGCACCACGCUCCUCCGCCCCACCCGCACUUCCAGCACCAGCAGCACCGUCGCUCCCCAGCAAGCCCUCAUAACCCUCCACCCUUCCCCCAUCGUGGCGCCACCUUUGGCCAACUUCCUCAUCUCUCCAGCGGCCUGAGCAAACCACCCUCCCCCUGGGGUGCAUACCCGAGCCCCUCGCCCUCGCCCUCUUCAGCCUCCUGGAGUCCAGGUGGUGGUGCAUAUGGCUCCGGUACUGGCUGGGGCGGAUCUCGAGGUGCUGACUUCCGUCGUGGCUUGAAUGGCGCCGUGACUCCGCUCAGCUCCGUCUCACCGCUCAAGAAGACCUUCCCAAACAAUCACUCGGCUUCGCAGAAGUACACCCGCCCUGGCGCUACCUUCACCCCCAAGACCUGGAUGGAUGAGACCGUUGGCCGUAGCGACAACGUCUUUCCUUUCCAGGAACGUAAUCGAUCAUUCGAUGGCUUCAGCAUGCACUCCCUGGAGAACUCUCUAAUCGACAUCAUGCGGGCCGAGCAGGACACACUGAAAGGUCGCCUUGGAUUCACCCAUCCAGGAGGAGACAGCUCUUUGCCUAUAAAUGGUCAUUCGUCCCUGUUCCCAAUGGAGGAUGGCUUUCCAGACGAGGAGAGGGCAGAGCAGAGCCUGCCUGGCCUGGGCUCUCCACACUGCUUCCCUCAUCAGAAUGGAGAGAGAGUAGAGCGUUACUCACGCAAGGUCUUUGUGGGUGGUCUUCCCCCAGAUAUAGAUGAAGAUGAGAUUACUGCUAGUUUCCGUCGCUUUGGACAUCUUUUUGUGGACUGGCCUCACAAGGCUGAGAGCAAGUCUUACUUUCCACCAAAAGGUUAUGCAUUCCUUCUGUUCCAAGAUGAGAGUUCUGUUCAGGCUUUGAUUGAUGCUUGCAUUGAAGAAGAUGGCAAGCUUUACCUCUGUGUGUCCAGCCCCACCAUUAAAGACAAACCCGUCCAGAUACGCCCUUGGAAUCUGAACGAUAGUGACUUUGUGAUGGACGGAUCUCAGCCACUGGAUCCUAGAAAGACCAUUUUUGUGGGUGGAGUACCACGCCCUCUGCGUGCAGUGGAGCUGGCUAUGAUCAUGGACAGGCUGUAUGGUGGUGUGUGCUACGCAGGGAUCGACACAGACCCUGAGUUGAAGUACCCUAAGGGAGCAGGGAGGGUUGCCUUUUCUAAUCAGCAGAGUUACAUUGCUGCUAUCAGUGCUCGUUUUGUACAACUGCAGCAUGGAGAGAUCGAUAAACGGGUGGAAGUGAAGCCAUACGUCUUGGACGACCAGCUGUGUGAUGAGUGCCAGGGCACACGGUGCGGAGGCAAGUUCGCUCCUUUCUUCUGCGCCAAUGUCACCUGCCUCCAGUAUUACUGUGAAUACUGCUGGGCGGCCAUCCACUCGCGUGCUGGCCGAGAGUUCCACAAACCACUGGUGAAGGAGGGUGGUGACCGACCUCGCCACAUCUCCUUCUGCUGGAACUGAGAUUACACAGGCAAGGGGGGUGAGAGAGAGACGAGGGAGAGAAGGGUAGGAGUCGCAAAAUCAUUGUCUAAUAAAUGCACUUUCUGUUGCUGUUUCCUUUUUUAAUUUAAUCUGAAAAAAAAAAUGUUAAAAUUAAUUUUAAUUUUAAGUGGAUGUCAAUCCAAAAAAAUGUUCAGGAAGAAAAUACAAUGUGUCAUGCAUCUCUACUAUUUAGGUAAUGCCAUUAGAUUUAAUUUUCUUGGUGCACAGAUAUCAAAUAUUGAGUAUUGGUAAUUUGUUAUUCAGUACCUGUUGUGGCUCGAUUUAGAAGUAUUACAUUUUAUUUUUUAUUUGAUUCAAAAGGCUACAGAGCAGACAUGAAAAGGUGUUGCAAAGAGUGCACUUACUUCUUUUCAGAAUAGAGUGCAGAUGCAGUGUAAUAGCCCAGUGUUUUUGGAGCCAAAGUGUAAUUGGGUUUUAAGAACAGGCAAAUUAACAAACAAACAAACAAACAAACAAAAAAGAGAAUAUCAGUAAUUCAAAACAAUCGAUUCCGCAUCAGAUGUCUGGGCUCGGUCUCCAUUUUUGCAGGAAAACUUAUACCUCAAGCUUAGCUGCUAGUUUGUUGAGCAAGGUGUAGAAAUCAAGCCGGUCCUCCCCUUCACGUGCCGACCGCACAAACGGAAUCGACAGCCGUAAAAAGACAGUUAGAAAAUCUGUCGUCACUUCCUGUAUUAAAAACAAGAUUAGCAGUGAAACAGAGCAUCCGAGCGGGGAACGUACGGUGUCGAGGAUGCAGUAGUCUCUGCGUAUGAGCUGGUUUAAUUCCACCGUGACCCGCAGAACUAAAAACGGCUUUCUUCAGCUGUAUCUUAACGCUGGCGAUUCUUAUUUUCUCCAAUAACGUACGCUAACUUCCAGGCCGGUUUUUGACACCUUCAAGCUAAUACAGGUUUAAUGGCAAAAAAAAAAAAAUGUAACUGCUAUAGAUAUUUAAGAAAAAAAAAUACCCCAAAUACCUCCUGUUCUGCAGUAUCCACUCAGCCGAAGUUUUGAAGCAUAACUGAAGGUAGUUCACGUUACCACUCUUUAUCUUUAUCCACUUUGACUUGCAAAGGUUUUUUUUUUUUCUUCUUUUUUUUUUUAAAACAACUUUCAGAUGUUAGGGAACCAAAGAUGGCUGUGCAGUAGUGAGCACGACGGCUCACUCUCUUGUUUUUCUCCUUCAAGUGAAAGUCUCAUUUUUUUUUUUCCUUUUUUCUUUUCAGUUUAUUAUUAUUUUUUUGCCCCUCACUCCCUUCGAUAUCUGAGACCAGAUGAACUCCAACGAACCAAAGAUUGGCCUUGAAUCGAUAAGCAUGCAGUCGAAAUCCAGAGUAACACUAGUGAAAAACAAACAAACGAACAAACAAACAAAACGACGAGCUUCGUGCAUGCUGGCUUUUCCGCACGUCCACCUGCUUCUUUUUCAAAGGUCAAAAAAGGAGACGUAUGUAGUUCAGAAGUCGGGUAUCGUUUUUGAGAAAUCGCUAGCUGUUCGCUUCUGGAACUGGGAAUGUUGUACUUCCGAAUAUAGCACAUCCAGUUCAAGUAACGAUUACGGACUUUGACCAUCUGAUAGCGCUAGCGUAAAAUGUCAGGGACAUAGUGAUGAAUCGUAAACUUCACGCACUAGUGAGAAACGUAUCCUCGCGUCGGCUCGCCGAUGUUCCAGUGCACCCGCGCGGCACCACCACUUAACACUUGUGGGUGUUUUAUGGUUCUGCAUUUUAGAAGUUAAAAACACUUUUUGGAGAAUUUGCUGUUAAUGAGAUGAUAAAGAUUAUUUUCUACAUGGCCUAAUGAUUUUUUGGUACAGUGUUUUCUAGCUAAAUUAUUUUGUCAUGCACAUAUGAACAUUUUAUUAUGCACUACUUUUCUAAAUACUUUUGUUUUUUCGACAGUCAUUUUAGGCACAUUUUUCACAGAUGGGAUAACUCCUUUUUGCAAUACCUCAAUUUUUCGCAUUGUGAAAGGUAGCUUUUGUACUUUUGUUACUGAGAGAUCUGCAUAUAUGGAAAUUUUUCUUUUAAGAGAAAAAAAAAAAGAAAAAGUCAAGUGAUUUUAAUAUAUAUUAUUUUCAAUUAUGCUUUUUAUACAUUUCAGUGCUGAGGAAUCUUUACAACUAAGCGCACACUUGAGUUGAUGCGACUUCAGAUCUGCAGAGGAAAGAUCAAAGUAUAUAACGCUUAAGGUCUCGGAUCUUGUACACUAGAUUUUAAUGACAAUAUAUAUUUAAAAAAAAAAAACCGUUAAAAAAAUUUUUAAACAGCAUGGCAAGAACAAGUUGUCAUUAAAUUAAUGUUAAUAUUCAAAAUGGUUAUCCUAGUUGGAAAUACUUUGUCAUUUUGGUUUCCUCUCCAUAGCUGGAAAUAUAAACUAUAAUCUAAGGAGAAUGCUAAAUUUGGCUGACUCUCGUAUCACAAGAAUGGAUGUUCGAUGUUUAGAUAUUUUACCAUUAAAAAAAAAAAAAUCUAUAUAUAUUCUUGAACUGCCAAAUAGCUCCUAUUGUAAUCCUUAGCAUUGCAUGAUGACAAAAACAAGUACAUGAAUUAAAUAUGAAAAUUAAUUGUUGUGGUUGUGCACCAGAUGUUUCUAAACUUUUAAUUUGUUAAGGACACCCUGCACCCUGUUGUAUAUUACUCUUUUAUGCCUUCCCCAUAAUCCAGUACAUUCAGGAACGCACAGGACAAAAAAAAAUAAAUAAACAAAACUAACGUUUAAGCAAAGAAAGAACUUUCAGAAUUCAGAAAAUAAUAAUAAUAAUAAUAAUAAUUAGCCGUGCAGAACGAGCAAUUUAUCAGACACUGUUGAAAAGACUUGAGAACUUCAUCCCUACUGUCUGUCUGAGGUAAAAACCAGAAACCUAUUUGGAGGAAGGGGGAACUUUUAAGACUUGAAUGUGGUAAAUGUUGCAAGUUAACUUCGAGUUGUUAUGUGCAAUACUUUUUUUGAACCUUUUUCCAGAUAAGGACUCUUUGCAAUGUAAUUCUUUAAUGCCAUUUUUAAUUGCUGACAUUUAAAAAGAAAGAUGUUAAUAUGUUUUUCACAGUCAUUUUCUACUGUUAUUGUAAUCCUUUUCAUGCUGGUGUUUGUAAAAAAGAAACAGAAAUCAAAACUAUUUGUACUAAUAUAAAAUAAUUGAAGUUAUUUUUAAAACAUUAAAAGGUUUUUUUUUUGUGCUCAUUUGCUUAUUUUAUUUCAAGCUACUGUGAUUGCAUUGUAAUUAUUAGGUCAAUAAUGUAUUUAGCUGUUUAUUGGUAUAUUUUUAAUUGGAAUGUAUAAUUAAUUUUUAUAAUUUUGAUCAGAUUUUUGUUAUAUUUUUGAGGUGAAGCUUUUAAUAUGUUAAAGUGUCUAGUUUUUACUAAUUGCUAUAUUGUGCUCCACAAUAUAUGGUUCACAUUUUCUGAAGGAAAAGAAAUAUUUAAAUAUGUCUGUUAAUGAUGUUACUUAAUGGCAAAAUUUCAAUAGUUUUUAACUGUGUAUGGGAAGGUUGUUGUAUUUAUUAAUAGCAUUUUUUUACUUAAGAUAUCACCUUAAUUUGUAUUGUCAUUUCACUUUAUAAGUUCCUAUUUUUGUAUUUUCCUUUGUAAUUAAGUUAUGUUAUACAAAUGUCCAUAUUCUAGGAGUUGGUCUGUAAGUGCUAGUGAAACAAAAAGAAAAAUCUAAUGUUAUUUAAUUGUUUGCAGCCAACUAUUUAUAACAAUAUGCAUAAUUUUUAAAUAUUUGUAAUGUGAAAUGUUGAAUGAAUAAAUCUUAACUGUGACAAGGCA